AUGGAGACGGCACAUCAAAGUGACCUUCCUCUUCCGCCAGAGAUCGUCACAUUGAUAUGUUCCAACUUGCCGAAACCCGACCUCCUUCGCUCGAGAUUGGCUACUCAAAGGUUGCACGACGCAGCGACUCCAUUCGCUUUCCAGGCCUUUCAUCUUAGAGCUUAUGGGACCGUCGUCACAGAUUUUACCUGCAUUGCAGCAUCAGCCCAUCUUCGUAGCUAUGUUAAGGAAAUCACCAUUGACACGAAUAUUGGCCCAGGUUAUGAGGAAUUUGAAUGGGCAUGGAUCGAAGAAGACUGGUCGUUUCGAUAUAGAAUCCUUGAUACUGUCUCUCACUGCGUCGUGGGAAUGUGGACACAUGCUAAACAGGUCGAGAUAGAUGAGAGGGCGAGUCUUCCUGAUUUCGAAGUGAGAUACCUAGAUGAUGACCCAGAAUUCGUCGGCGGGUGUAAGGAGGACCUUCAAGAGCUCACGAUUUCCAACUUGGCCGACUAUCACGAUCCCAAUCUGGAUUCUUCAAAGGCCUGGCAGCAACUACUCCGCCUCCCGCACUUGCAUGAUUUAAAACUCCUGGUUACUACAGAGUAUCAUAGGUCGCAAACCCAGAUUUGCUUUCCUCAAGAGAGACACGAAUUCUUCCAGAAGCUACCCUCCACUUGGCUAUCGCCAAGUUUGGGGGAUCAUCUUGGAACUCUGUCUCUCUAUUACACAGAGUACUGGGGCUGGUUCCCGAGAAUGAAUCUCUAUGAAAUUGGGACGUUGCCUCAGCUUAAGGUGCUAGCUCUCGGGCAUUUCGCCGUCACUGAUAAAAGACAAACGGACUGGAUCGCAGGUAUCGGAAAGAGAAAUGGAAGUGGGGCCCUAGAGGAACUAUACCUGGACGAUUGUCCUAUUUUAUUCGAAGCCCGUCAACACGGCCCCUUGACCAAUGACGGAUACCCAGAUCCGCGCGUUGUCCUUGAGGACAAUUAUGCUACUUCUGUAACUAAGGAGUACGGCAUCAGAUGGCAUAAUGUUCUUAAAACUUGGAGAGGCCGCAUGAAAGGCCUUAGGAAGUUCAUCAUGGGCCAUGGCGAUUGGUCGUCUCAGUGGCCGAGUAUCAAAGCAUUAAUAGAGCACGAAGGUCUUGCCCAUCUCAGCUGUGAUGAGAUUAGGCGAAGGGUUAGUGAGAAUGUUCACAGAAACUUCUGCAAACCUGCAGGCGUGGAGGUCAGCAACACCAAGAACCCAGUAUUGGCUCAGAGAUACCUGCAUGGUGCGGGAUUGCUGCAACGAAGGAUAAGACGGAUGCAGUAUAUCAAGUAUGAUAUCGGCAUGUGCGGGCCUUGGGACAAUCCAUAUCGGACCUGGGGACGGCAUCAACCAGACGAUGGUUGGGCACCAGAGAAGGAAACGGUCGAAAUCGACGAUGCGGUGUACGAGCUACUCAUGACAACUAUUCGGGACAGGAUAACAGGGGACGAGAAAUAG